UGUUAUGUCAUCUCAACAAAAAUGUUCAAAGUGUUUAAGCAGACUUUAAAGGUGCAAGUUGUCAACGUGCUAAAAGUCCGAACCUUUUUAUCCCACGCUUAUUACUGUAAUGAAGUAUGGGACCAACGCUUCCAAGAUUCGAUACUUGAAAAAGUCAAUUUGGACGAGCUCUACAAUGAGUUGGAACAGCAGUAUCAGAGAACGAGGAACAUAAAUGCAGUCGAUGUGGAUGUGUUCGCUCACAGCGUUAGAGAUGAAAGCUACAUUGAAGAGCUGCUAGAUUUAUUAUAUAAGUUACGUAUGAGCGCAGACACCUGCAACACGCUUAAUUCCACCUCGCAUGCUGUUAUUCGAGACUUUACUAACUUCGCCAAAACGGAUCAGUUACUUCAAACUCUGGACGACCGGCUGAACUACGGAGUAUUUCUCGAUCACUACACGGCCAAUCUUUUACUGGAUACCUUUUGGAAGAGCAAGGAUUACAGAUCGGGCGCUCGCGUAGCUAGCCAAUUAAUGCUGCAGGAAGACUUUAAUCAUCCGAUAUCUUCAAGUUUGUCCCUGCUGCACUGCUUCAAAUUCCUGCAGAAUCCGUCGGAAUGGCCUCAGCCGCCUAAACCAGAGGAGCCAGAGGAAGAAGUGCGAGUACGUGUUAAAUAUGUACGGAACCCUCACGACGACGAGCAUUUCGACUUAAAAGACCCUCAUAGGAUCGUCGGUAAAACGCUCAUAGAAAUUGCCAGACCGUUUCAGGAUUCUUUAAAUCGCUCCUUUUAUUUAUUGGGCGUAAUGCUCUACAAACCCGAUAAAGCUGUCGGCGUCAUAGACAAAUUUGUUAAGGACAAUGUCGUGGUUUACAAAAAUGUAUUAAGCGUGGUACCCGAGGAAGCGCUCGGUACGUUUAGCGUAGACAAACUUCAAAUGGAAAGUGUAGAGCUCGGGAUACUCGAAGAUAAUGUACGGACUGCGGUUAAUAAAAUGUCGGAGAAAGACAUAGCGGUACAAUGUGAGGCGUACGUACGGUGGGAGAAGGAAAGGAAAGAAGCAUUGGAGAACCAGCACAAACGAUUAUUAGCAAUGCAGAGGUUGUCAAACAUUGAAAAGCUGCAAAAGGAUAUGAAGGAGAAGGAAAUGUUGCUUUGGUUCUUUGAGAACGAGGAGAAGAUCGAGUUGGAAAUCGAGGCGAAGAAAAAGGAGAUAGAGGCAAGCAAGAUGCUGAGGAGAGGUCCAAAAAUGAAGGAGGACGAGGAGGAGUACAUUCCUCCUGAAGUGUACAAACGGAAAAGUGUUUAGCAUAUUAAAUUGUAAAUAGUAUGUUUUUUAUUGGUCUCCUGUUUUAAUUCGACAUUUUUAUAAGCAUAACGUUGAAGUGUAUUCUGCUCCUCCAAGUGACUAUUCAUGUCCCCUUAUCAAUCUAUGCUUCUGAGCAAAAUAAAAAAAUGUACUCAA